AUGGUAUCCAUUAGAUAUCCCGUGUUAAUUUUAUUUGUCUUUUCACUUAUCGGUGCCUGUUACUUGGGCUUUGCACUGAUUCAUUUGCCCUACGACAAGUUAAUUCACUUUACCACAUUCUGUGUUUUAACCCUUGAGUUCUUCUUUGUGUUUGAUACACAGUACAAGUCUUUGAAAGUGUUGAGAAAUAUCACAUUAAUCAUUUGUACUUUAGGUGGAAGUGUGGGGCUGGAGAUUAUACAAAACCUAGUCAACCCAAAAAGAGUAUUUGACAUUUAUGAUAUAGUAGCCAAUAUACUAGGGAGUCUUCUAGGGUUGGGGCUAAGUGUUGGCUAUGUCACUUGGAGUAAAAACAGGGCCAGACAGAAAAGAAUAAAUUACAGACAACUAAACACACAUAUUAUCGAAGUACCGGAUGAUGAUGACGAGGAAAGCACUGAUCAAGACUCUACAGAUAUUCAAGAGAGAGCUGAUGCUCAGUCAUAUUCUAGUGAAGAUUACGUUAACAUUCAAUUAAAAGAUGUAAAACACUAG